CGAAAUAUUAAUAUUGAGAGGAAUCCAGUAUUGUUAAAUUUUAUAUUUAUUGUUGACUUCUGUCUUGUUUUUAGUCAUCAUAGAUUAUUGGAAAAUGUCUUCAUCAAAUUUGGAACAAUUGGAAAGUAGUUCUUCUUCUAUGGCUCCUUCCAUGCAUAAAUACGGAGCAUGUAUUGAAGAAUUUAAUGCAAAUAUUUCAUUUGGAAAUUCUAUCAAGUGGUGCAAGGAUGAAAAUUAUAUUGCCAUGCAAACAAAUAAUACAGUAUAUAUUAAGAAUGUAAUUAAUGAAAAAAGAGGAACCAUAGUAUUGAACAAAGAAUCGGAAUCGGAAGAUGGCACAGUAACAACAAGUCAAGAGCCUAAUAGAACAUCUACACACUUUAAAGACAGAACAGUCAUACAUCCGAGUAUGUUUGUUCGUUUUUUACAAUCAUCUUUUAGAUCGAUAUGUUGGAGUUCUCCGAUUGAAAAUUAUGAAACUUUUGAAAUUACAAAUGAAAUUGGAUGUUUAAUAUCAUGUAUUACAAGUGAUAAUAAUUGCAGAAUUUACAAGAGGCCAACCCAAGGAUAUACCACAAAUUGGGAGCUUGUUUGUGAUGUUAGAGCCAUUUUGCAAGAUAAUGACAAAAUUCUUCUCUCAAUUGAAAAUGACAAUGAUGUCAUCGUGACUCCACAAGGAAUUAUUACAACAAAUGGAUUGGUCAAUGAAGGUGAAUUGAUUACUAACAAGAAAACCAGAAAUCAUGUCUCUAAAAAGACAUCUUCUGUUAUGGGUUUGGAACAACAAUUCUUUUCUCAUUUCUACAAAUCAUUUACUGAUGCAUCUGGAUUCGAUCCAACAAAGCAGGAAUAUCAGGUUGGCUAUAGAAAAUGGACAGAUGAGGAACAAAAAAUCUAUGAUAAGGUCUUGGAGAGUUCAUUGGAAUAUUUCAAACCACAACUUGAGGAAAAUUCACUUUCAACGGAAAGUCUCACUAAGAAUUUGUAUGUAAAACUGAGAACCAAAAUGAGAAAGGAUAAGGAAAAAGGAAAAUUAACUGACACCAAUAUCAGUUCAUCAACAAGAGAAACUAGAAGAACAUCAACAGGAUCUACAACUGAAGAUCUUACCCAAGAAGAUGUUGUAGAAACACCAGAAAAAAAGAGAAAAGAAUCCCCAUCUGAAUCACAACAACCAAAAAAGCUGAAAAGACUUUACUUUUCCAGAGGAGUUGCUAGAGCCAAAGACGAGGAGGUCAAUCAGUCAGAGUAUAACCAUUGCCUUUAUAUUACAGAACUUAUGUGUUCAGACUUUUCCCAACCUUUCAAAAAGUCUAUUGAUGGAGCAUUUAGACAAUCUCUUUACAUGGUGUGUGGAUCUAAAACUGGUUUCUUAUCUAUCUUUGUUAUUACCAACUUUGAUAGAAAACUUGAAGUUGAACUUGUUGGUUAUUCAAAGAUUUUCUCUAAUUUCAUAUCAUUUGUGAAAUUCCUCCCCUCUAGAUCUGGUGAUGAAUUCUUUCGAAUUGUUGUUGCAAGUUGUGAAGGUCAAAUCAAAAUUUUAUCCAUUCCUAAAAGCUACACUCAAUCAAUUGAAAAACUAGACGAUUUGGUAACUCCUAAAGAAAUUUGUAAAGAGUACUCCUCAUACUUUGAAUCUGACAGUAUCCCUCUUACAAGUUUGGAGACAUUCUACGUUUCAAAGGAUCAAUCUAAAAAAGCGCUAGAUGAAAUGUACAUGUGUUAUUCGAAAGGCACGAAUCUCUAUGUGUGCAAAUUUGAAUUCCAAGAUCAAGAAACUCUCUUGACUUGGCGAAAGAAAUUUUCAUGCCAAAACUUUACAAUUUCUUCCAUCUCGAUGCAAUACAUAACAAUUGACCGAUCUGAUAAGGAAAACAGUACUAUUAAUACCUUACUUGUAUAUACAACCUCUUUGGAUGGAAGUCUUGUUCAGUGGAAGAUUAAUGAGGAUACUACAGAUGAUGGAUACACUUCAGUAUAUAUUAUUUCUAAAAAUUUUGAAUUACCAGUUUGGGGCUGUUCACUCUCUCCCAAUAAUGUUCAAAUGGCUAUUUCAGUUGAGAGACCUUCAACCAGAGAAGUAAGAGCAGAUUUGGAACAUAGAAACAAGAUUAGAAUGUACAUUCUCCCUCUAUAUUAUCAUGCCUUGAGAGCUAUUUAUCAUAUUCCUCAAACUGAUCCAAUUCCUUCACAUUGUAUUGUUGACUAUUUCACAACUCUGUUGAGGAGAGGAAUAUUCAGAAAGCAACAAGCUUUUGAUAUUGCUGAUUGUCUUUCCUCGAGUGAUAUGGUUGAGUACAUUGAAAAGAUUUUAUCCAAUGUAUAUGACACUGCCAAUAAUCUACCUCUGAAAAAGAUUUUAUACUUCAUCUAUUCAUGGAUUUGUCGUGAGAAGAGUUAUCCUCUCAGAGAAACUCUAUUGGAACGAAAGGCCAUCUUGGAAGAAGAAUUGAGAUAUAUUUAUUCUGUGACACUCUUUGAUAUUCAAUCUAAAAAGCAAGAAAAACCAAACUUGACUCAAUAUCUUCUCUGUGAUUGGAUCCUGCUGUACUAUCAAGAUUUUGUUGCUGAACAUUUUCCAUCCAACAACCUUAAUAAUAUGACUCCUUACAUUCUCCAACAAGUGGCACAAUUUUUACCAAUCCUAGAUUCUAUAAUCAAGACACUAAAGAAUGAAGAUAAUGCUGAGAAGAAUUUGAAGGAAAUUCAAUUCGCUCAAAAACUCUUUGCAUUAUUUACUAGAGUAUCGAACAAGGAAGAUCAUGCAGCAAGCAUUUCGAAUGAAAUUAUCAGUGAGACUAAUUUCAUCACUCCCCGAGAUUCAUGUUCUGUUUGUAAGCCAACAAGUGAAGAAAGAUUUGUUCCAAUUGUUUUUGGUUCCCAAUUUUCACAUGCCACUUGUUGUUCAACGAGAAAACAUCCAAUUGCUAGGGAUGGUUUUACAUUUGAGAUCAUCAGAGAUGUUUAUCAAAUGUUGGAGUGUUCUUGUUGUUGCCAACAGACAAGCCGUGAUGGAUUAUUCUCUGUCUUGUACAGAAAUUGUACUCAACAUAAUACUACUGCUGUUGUUGGAGGAGAAGAACAACAUAAUCAACCAUCGGAAGAAGUUGUUGUUGAUGAGAAUUUGAUGAGUCUGUUGUGUCCAUCCCACAAGGAUGUUCACAUUGAAGCUUGUUCUUUUAAGAUUGAAUGUUGUUUGUGUGGUUCCUCUUUCAAUGCAAAAGUUUGAUGAUGGUUUAAGAGGAGAAGAUUUGUCAUUGAAUUUGUGAUGGUCAUUUUAUUAAUAGCUUGCCAAAAACUUUCAUUGUAAAAAUCUAUCAACCAAGAGCAGUUUUAAUAAAAUUUGUUUCG